UGCUUAACCCCACGCACAAUGUACGAGUUGAAAUGUUUUACCACUUUGCUAUUCUCACUGUGAAAUCAAAUCAAAUUUUACGAUUUCGUUUCAGAAAAUCUGCAGAGACAUUCAGUGCUUAUUUCCUAAAGCAAUCGAGAAUGGAACUUGCGUUAAUCUCAUUAAAUUUCUUGGAGGAGUCACUUACGGGAUCUUCAUAAGGUUCACACCUUACAUGCCCAUCAACACAGACGAUGAGUUCUAUUCCAACUUGUUAGCUUUCCAACUUAAAGAGUUUUUACAAAUCUGGUUGAGUGCUAAACUCAACAGCACUCCCAAAUCUAUAUACAUUUAUACAAACAAUAUACCAACAGAUGCCACCGACGACAAUACUUUAAAAUAUUUCAUUGCUUAUCUUGAGAUUGAUUUUGGCCUUCUUUUUCCCGUCAGCACAGAUGUGAUAGAUUACUUACUAGCGAUUCCGAAGUUUAUGAAUUCCACCGUAAAUAAGGUGCAGGAUAUAACAAGUAUUAGAUAUACCGCUGAAGUUGCUUCGUACUACAUGGAUGACACCGAUUCUUCAGAAAUUCUCGAUGAAUAUAAUAAACAUUUUUAUUUAAUUACUAGUAUCAGCGAGGAAGGUUUUCGAUACGACUUUCCUAAGACAAUACUUACUCUUCAUCAUUCUUGUCCGUUGAUUAAGUUGAAAAAUGAAGAGUAUGGCAUUACACGAUACCCACACUCCAUUUACAUCAAAGAAUUAAAUGCGUCAUUAGACAAGAAGGACGUGCUUAUUACGUCUGAUCACGAAGAAGUUCUUCUGUGUGUUGAUACGUUUAAAGGUGUUUUGAAUAAGGCUACUAUCGAUACAGAAGUACUUGAACCGAAGCUAAGUUGUAAAGUUGAAACCGAUUCGUCUGUCGCUGUAUUAUCUCUUGUGUGUUCAUGUAUUUCUAUUUCAUUUUCCUUUGUUACUGUUAUUGUCUUUUUCAGUUUCAAAGAGUUGCAAACACAGCCAGGGAUCAAUAACGUCAUUCUGUGCUUUACAUUAAUUGUUGCUCAGUCUCUGUUCCAGUUUGGCAGCGGUCAGUCUUGCAAUGUGUCAAAAGCAGUUUGUCAAGGCAUUGGUAUAUGUGUACAUUUCUCUUGGCUCUUUGUUAUUUUCUGGAUGAACUCAUGUUGCAUUCAUAUGUUUCGUGUAUUUAGGUUAAGUCGAAUAAGGAUUGUUCAAUUCAACAAACUAAAGACCACCUUCAUGUAUAUCCAAUACAGUUUUACCGCAUCUUUGGCUGUCAUACUUACCACAAUUAUCGUAUCAUUAAGCAUGACUAAUGGGAGAGAGAUUGGUUAUGGCGGUUCAAUGUGCUACAUCCAAAAGGGCGAGAUGGUCGCUUACUUAUUCACUUUGCCUGUUGGUCUUGUUAUUAUGAUAAAUAUUAUACUAUUUUCGGUCGUUGUAAUCCAAAUGCAAAACAGCCGCAUGAGUCUAGACCAAGAUAGGAACCUUCUACAUAUUUAUGCAAAACUUUCUACAUUGACUGGCUUUACAUGGAUUUUUGGCUUUCUAAGUUUCUUUCUUAAUGUCAACUUAUUUGAUUAUAUCUUUAUUGUCUUAAACGCGUCUCAAGGUAUUUGCCUCUUCUUUGCUUUUGUGGCUAAUAAACGAACAUUGAAUUUUUUGUUGAGAACAAAAGCCUCGCAGAAUGCAACAACUUUGUCUACGUAGAUAUUUAUAGUCAGCAGAAUAGAUUGUUGUUUUGUUAGCGUCCGAUUGAUUUCAUGUUAGACACGCGGUAAGUCUUCAGCCGGUGCUUGGAGGCGUGGUCGAUAGGAGUCAUUGACCACUGUCGUUAACGAAUAUACUUUAAUCCAGAUGAGUCUAAACUUAUUCAAUUUUUGCUUUUUUGGGAUACUUUCAAGAUUCCCACUAUUCAAUAGUUUCUAUCAUUGUAAAAAACACACAAAAACUCAAAUGAAUAUAUGAGAUCUCAAAAUACACGGAUUGUUUGGUAUAAAGAGAUGUUGCCAAUGACGUCACACACAAUGUUAUUAACAUUGUUAAUAUACUUGAUAUACUUAAUAUACAAACAUGGAAAAGACAAAAUGAUUGUUGUGGCAUUUUUUAUUUAAGAAAUAUGUGUAUUACAUAGAUAAAUUACAUUAAAUAGUGCAAACACAACAAUCAAAUUCAAUUCGUACACAUAUAGCAGGAAGAAUACAUUAAAGCUUGACAUGAAUCACAGAUGACUGCCCUGAAUACGAAUGGUGAAAUUUAAACAACAACAACAACGCAACUAUAUAAAAAGAAAAGAAAGAAAACUUGAAAAUGAGUAACUGUCGUAGUUUUAUUCGUAAUUGUGUGUGUAUUAAAUGUUUGUUGAAUGCUGUUGUGUAUAUUUUCUGCUGUUUCAGAGAAACAUAAGAAAAUAAUUUAAUAAUAUAUAUUAACUUAAAUUUGUAUAUUGCUUCCUUAGUUAAAGUGGUUGCGCACACGAAAUUUCGAUUUUUUUUACUAUUGA